UUGUGGAAAGCAUUGUGGAAAGCAUUGGGGAAAGCAUUGUGGAAAGCAUUGUGGAAAGCAUUGUGGAAAGCAUUGUGGAAAGCAUUGGGGAAAGCAUUGGGGAAAGCAUUGUGGAAAGCAUUGGGGAAAGCAUUGUGGAAAGCAUUGGGGAAAGCAUUGUGGAAAGCAUUGUGGAAAGCAUUGGGGAAAGCAUUGGGGAAAGCAUUGUGGAAAGCAUUGUGGAAAGCAUUGGGGAAAGCAUUGUGGAAAGCAUUGGGGAAAGCAUUGUGGAAAGCAUUGGGGAAAGCAUUGUGGAAAGCAUUGGGGAAAGCAUUGUGGAAAGCAUUGUGGAAAGCAUUGGGGAAAGCAUUGGGGAAAGCAUUGGGGAAAGCAUUGUGGAAAGCAUUGUGGAAAGCAUUGGGGAAAGCAUUGUGGAAAGCAUUGGGGAAAGCAUUGUGGAAAGCAUUGGGGAAAGCAUUGGGGAAAGCAUUGUGGAAAGCAUUGGGGAAACAGGUACAGGACGAGCGUGUUGCAUAACAUGACCACUAGAGGUCCCUGUGGAGGCGACUCCAGCUACGACCAAUCAGAACGGGGAUCUGGGUCGUUACCAGGGAAACCAGGGAUUUUUACAGGAACCAACUCAAAGGCUACCCGAAAGGUACCGCUAUUAGCCGUUAUCUGGUUAAAAUACGUUACCAUUUAAGAUGAAAAUAGUAUAACUCAAUUUGGUGGUAGCUUUUGGUGUUUCGUGAUUUGAUAUUUUUCUUGGAAUCUUUGUCUUUUUUUUAACAAGCUAACGUCGCUGGCUGAGCUUACUGAUGCCACAUUGCCAGGCUAGUGACUGUUACAGUCCGUUAUUAGCGGUUAGCUACAGAGCUAACAGAUCCCCGGCAGUUAACUAACGUUACCUUUGCUUUCUUUAAGAUAGCUAGCAAAUAGCAAUUAGCUAAGUUAGCUUACUAGCCUAAAACAAAUCGCAUGGUGCUGAAUUAGAAGCUAGGAAGCUUAACUAGUAAGUUCUAUCCCCACCACGGCAUAUGUUUUUACGCCCUACUGACUUGAAUUCCUUUGAGGAGGAGGGUUGGCUGAUUGCCUCUGUAUGGUGUGCAGAACCUAUGUGCAGCUAGCUAGCUAGUUAAAAACAAUGGCUGGUAUUCAUGCUGAAGCAAGGUAUGGGACCCUGCUGCUGGAGUAUAGCAGACACCCUGGAGGAAAGAUAACCGCCGACCUGCCUUGUUGUGAUCCCAUUGUGAAAUGAUUUGGUUAAGAAGAACAGCCCUCAGCAGCGUCCCUAGUCGAUUCAACCCGCACUGAAAAGUCUCUCCCCCCCCCCCCUCCCUCCCUCCUCCAGAAGGUGUCCCCUCCCAUAUGGAUGUGUGUAAACCCAACCGUACGGCCCCAGUGAGUGAGACUGUGCCCCGGCGGGACCUGCCUCUGUGCUCCAGGACCAACGGGUGGAGCUGGCCUCCACACCCCUUCCAGCUCCUGGCAUGGCUCCUCUAUCUCUUCUUUGCUGUCACCGGGUUUGGAGUGUUUGUCCCCUUGCUUCCCUCCCACUGGAUCCCUGCUGGCUACAUUUGCACGGGCAUCACGUUUGUCUGUCACCUGUUUGUCCACCUGAUGGCGGUUUCCAUCGACCCCGCGGACUACAACGUCAGGGCCAAGAGCUACCACGGCCCCGUGCCCGUGUUCGACCGCACCAAACACGCCCACGUCAUCGAGAACUGCCACUGCUACCUCUGUGAAGUCGGCGUGGGCCCCAAAUCCAAACACUGCAGUGCCUGUAACAAGUGUGUUGCUAGCUUUGACCAUCACUGCAGGUGGCUCAACAACUGUGUGGGGAGCAGGAAUUACUGGCUCUUCCUGAACAGUGUGAUCUCUGCUCUGCUGGGUGUUUUCCUGGUGGUGGCCAUCGCCAGUUACAUCUUCAUCGAGUUCUUCUUGGAUCCCUCAAAGCUGCGCAGUGAUAAACACUUUCAAGUGAACAAUGAGACGGUGGUGUGGUUUGUUUUCCUGCCCGUGGCUCCGGUCUCCACAGCAGGUCCAGUCAUCCCUGUCCUGGCUGGCAUCACCAUCGCCCUGGGCCUGCUCUCUGCUCUGCUGCUGGGACAUCUACUCUGCUUCCACUUCUACCUCAUGUGGAACCGUCUGAAUACAUAUGAGUACAUCGUCAGACAGAGGCAUCGCCAGGAGUCCAGAGACAUCAGUAAAGGAGUACAGGGGAACCAAGCAGCUCCUCCUAAAACCAACCUCAUGAAGGAUGUUAGCUACUCGGGGACGCUGGGCUAUACCAACCCUGAGAUGGACGUGGAGGAUCCUACCACCAUGGCUGCAGCGCGGGGGGUUCUAGAGUACUAUGGCAACGGCAGAGUUCAUAGUUCAUCCAGCAGGAUGGCUGAAGAGGAACAGUUACCCAGCGUGUCUACAGAGCACAGAGCUGCACCACGAAAACACAUCCAGAAGAAAAAGAAGAAAGUCCACAAAGUGCCGGCGGAGGUGAUCAACGACCGUUCCACUGAGACCACACACACAAAGCCCCGGCCUUCAACACUACAGAACCAGACACACAAAGCCCCAGCCUUCAACACUACAGAACCUGUAGAGUCCUGCAGUGUAACUCCUGUCCCCACGUCCGUGUCCCACCUGUCCAGCUCCCUGAGCCAGCACCUCCCUUUCCCCCUGCGGGCCUCCCUGCCCCCCCCUAGCUCCCUGCAGCCUGGUCUCCAACCUGGCCCCGUGCUGCCCGCCGGGCCCCCUGCUGAUUACCACUCUGACUCUGCAGAGUCCCUGGAGGAGAUCCCCGUGGCGCUGGCACGACUGGGCACCUCCGCCAUGGCAGGGACGUCUACGGGUAGGACCGCUGCAGCUGGAUCGUCUUCUCAACGCUCUCUACUGCUGCCUGCAGCCCGACCCCAGCCCCGGACCAAGAGAAAGACCUCCACGCACAGCAGCAGGACAGGGGGAGGAGGGGAACAGAGGUUUGAGAUGGCCGCCCAGCCUCCUACCGUUUACGUUAGUAGGAGUAGUGGACAGCCGGGAGGAGGAGCACAGCACCGGGACAACAAACGCAGCAGCAGGCAGGCCAGCAGGAGAGGCCUGGAGCAGCCUGGUCCUGGACCCAGGGCAGGCACCCCAAUGGCGUAGACUAGCUCUUUGAGGAUGGAGCACUGCACCCUGGGCUGGACCCACCACUGGGUCCUGGCUGGAGGGCUGGCUGGCUGUGUGGCUGGCUGGCUGACUGACUGGCUGUCUGGCUGGCUAGCUGGCUAUGUAACUGGCU